AAACCCUAAGAAUAAAAUGAAAACUAACCUCUUAGUCUUGGCUCUAAGUAUUAGUUUUCAGUUGUCACGGUGUUGUACGGAAACCUUGUCAAAAAAAAUAAAAAUAAAUAAAGUUGAUAAUUUGGCCACGCUUCGAUGAACACCACCUAUAUAACAUUUCAAAUCACUUGAUGUGGAUCAGUAUAGGCACUUCGAUUGAGUAAAAUGUUAGCCUGUAUAGUAUUGUUGUGCGCCAGCGCACUGCUGCCUGCGUCGGAGGCGCAAGAAUCGAAAUUGGUGGAAAUUUGCCAAGGUCCAGUUAUUGGACAUAAGGCGCAGGAUGAAAAUGUUUUCGUUUUCAACAGUAUUCCAUAUGCGACUGUACCUACAGGAGCACAACGGUUUCAGGCACCUCUCGCCCCUCCAACGUGGGAAGAACCUUAUGAUGCAAUAGACAAAGGUAUCAUCUGCCCUCAAUUUUCAGUUCCAGCAGGCAAAACUGCGCAAGAAGACUGCCUCGUCGCUAGCGUUUACGUGCCUAAUACAAAUGCGACAAAUUUACCUGUGAUGGUAAUCAUUCACGGAGGACAAUUCCUCGUAGGCUAUGGUGAUGUAACCACACCCAAACAAUUGGUAGAUUCACAAAAACUUAUAGCGGCGACAUGCAAUUAUAGACUGGGCAUUCUCGGUUUUUUGUGUAUGGGGACCGAAGACAUACCCGGAAAUGCUGGAAUGAAAGAUCAAGUUGCAUGUUUGCAGUGGGUAAAGCACAAUAUAGCAUCUUUUGGUGGGAAUCCCGAUGACGUCACUAUCGUUGGAUGCAGCGCUGGCGGUUCCUCCGUUGACCUCCUGAUGCUCUCUAAACUAACAAGAGGGUUAUUUAAAAAGGUCAUAGGAAUGAGCAGUGCCAAUGUCGGAGUAACUAGUGUACAACUUGAUCCUGUAGAAUACGCAAGAAUUCAGGCAAGAAGAUUUAAUUAUGAUGCAGCUAACCUUUACGACCUCGAACAAUUUUACAAGAAUGCUUCAUAUGAAUUACUUAUUUCUGAUCCUCCAUUAUGUUUAAAAAAUUCGAGUGUCGUUUUCACACCUUGCGUAGAGCGGAACAUGGGGCAAAAAAUGUUCCUGGAAGAUAGCCCUUUUAACAUAUUAAAGAGCGGCGAUUAUGUAAAGUAUCCGGUUUUAUAUGGAUUCACUGAAAGAGAUGGUUUAUUUAGAAUAAAUUACUUUGAUACGUGGAAGAAUGAUAUGAAUAAGAAUUUUUCAGAAUUUCUUCCCGCCGAUUUGACAUUCAAAGAUCCUAUUAUAAAAGAAUUAGUAGCUGAAAUAGUGAAAAAGUUUUAUUUUGGAAACCAAGUAAUCGGUAAUGACAAUGUUCUGCAGUACGUAGAUUAUUUCACGGAUGUGAUAUUCGCGUAUCCAAUGCUGCGUUCUCUUACUUUGCAAGUCAAUGCUGGCAAUCAUAAGAUGUACCUACAUGAAUACUCUUUUGUUGACAAUGAUUCGGCGUUGAUACCGUAUGCCAAUAUAAGAGGAGCAGCACAUUGCGCACAAGGCUUUGCGGCUGUUGAUCAAAACUAUUCGAAUUUAUCAUAUCAGUACAAAAAUAUGAAAUCAAUAAUAAGAGAAGAGUGGAUCAAUUUUGCAAUAACCGGGAAUCCGACUCCCGAGGGUUGUACGGCGAUACCUCAAUGGCCACCAGCGAAUGCAUACAGAUCUCCGUGUAUGGUUUUUGGACAAACCGUGGAGUUGAAACCAACAGUUAUGCCGCUACGCGCAACAUUAUGGGAUCUCAUAUACGCAUUAUUCUAUCGUAACCCGAUUCCACCAACGCCUGGGUUUUGAAUGAUUCACUUCUUACUGAAGUUUAAGACGGCAAUUUUAUUGAAACUGUCUUCAUAAUACCUAUUAUAAAAAAGUUACCCCUUUUGUUUUUGUUUUCUAUUCUCAUCUCAGCCUGAAAGAUAAUAAGUCUAUAAAUUUUUUUUCAGACCUUUUAUUCUGAAAAUUUAUAUAAUAGUAAAUUUUUCUGUACCAUGCCCAACAAGAAAAACAAAUAAAAAACAAGUUUUGAAAAUAAAUACGUACAACCCUAA